AUGUCUGUACUGCCAACCUCUAAUGCGGGCCAUAAGGAUGGCCUUGGAGAACGAGCCUACAAGCUGAAUAUACACGACAGAACAUUACCUCCUGUGCUGGGCUCACUGUUCAAAGCACCAGGAAACCUCGAUUUCGAAACAGCAAUGUGGGAAAUGGUCAACCUGAUCCUGAAGCCCAGAAAGACUUUCCGAGCCAUAUACUACCAAAGACAGACGAAGAACCAGUGGGCACGCGAUGACCCAUCAUUUUUCAUACUCGAAAUACUGCUAAUAUCCAUAAGCUCCGUGUUUUGGUCAUUAUUCUACUACAACCACUCUCUAUGGAAGUGCCUACAAUCCAUCUUCAACCUUAUAUUUGUUCAUUUCUUCCUCUUUGGUUUUGCUACAGCUACUUUCUUCUGGAUAACGCUAAACCAACCUAGAUUUAAAUUCAAAUCAGCCUCCAGUUCUAAUAUAGAAUGGGCUUACUGUUUUGACGUGCAUUGCAACGCAUUCUUAGUCAUUCUAGUGGCCUUGUAUUAUUUGCGUUUCCUACUACUGCCGCUCAAAUUCCUUGGAGUUCUAGUCCCAAAUACAUUAUUUUGUGCUAGUACAAUACAUUAUUUCAUUUUAACUUUUUACGGUUACAGUCAAUUGCCCUUCUUGAAGAACAUUAGCUUUAUCCUGUUCCCAACAAUUGUGCUGUGCAUAUUGUUUGUCGUGGGAUUGUUUGGCGUGGACAUCGCCGCCUUGUUUGGAUUCGGAAGUUACACCUAA